GUUUUCGUUGAGGUGUUGGGAAGGUGUAAGGGGGAUUCAAGGAUGCGCCAGAUUGCGGCCGAGAGCGAUGUGCAAAGGCCGUCGCCGACUUCGCGACGAGCCGGCGUGCAGCCGCCACCAGCGGGUGCGAUGAGUGUGAGCGGCAGUGGCGCUGCCGCUGCCGAGUCUCAAGCCGCUGACUUUAGCCACGCGCAUACGCACACCCUUGCAGUGUGGAAGCGAAAGGGCUCCUUCUUGACCAAACACGAUGGCGUUGCGGGUGAGUCAGCCUGGCACCACUGAUGCGACGAUGUAGAGCAGUGUGUGUUGAAUUGUGUUGGAUGACGUGACUGACGUCUGUCUGUGUGUCUGUGUGUCUGUGCGUUUGGUUGGUGUGCUCUGCGCAGGGAUGGUGUGCAAUUUUGUGCCGGGAGUUUUCUGCGCAGUUGGCGUCGUCUUGCUGGUCAGUGAGUGAGCGGCACGUGCAGUGGGUGCAGUGGGUGCAGUGCAGUGCAGUGCGCGUGACGACGUUUGUGUGCGUCCGUCUUGUGCUUGGCGUGUUUGUUGCUCACUCAGGUAGUGGAGGAGUACAUUCCCACCACAAUGCGGUCACGGCAAAACAUCGCAGUACUGACGCACUCUGACAGACAGACAGACAGACAGACAGACGGAGGCAGGCAGGGAGGGAGGCGCGUGUCCACUUACUUUCUCACCCACCGCAUACAUAUGGCAUUCAUUCUGUCGAUCCGUUCGUUUGUUUGUUUGUCAGUCUUUAGUGAGUUCGGUCUUCUCGUUCGGCAAGAUCCUGGAGCUGGUGCCGCUGGUCAUCAAGAUGCUCGACAGCAAACAACGCCCCUCGCCACUGCCAGGCAUACUCAGCAGCGCAAUGGUAGGUACCACACACACAACACAACACAAGAAACACACCACUCUCUCCCUCCCUCUCUCUCUCUCUGUGGCUCAUGACUUCAUUCAAUUGUCCGUCCAUCCAUCCCUUCGUUCAGGCGGCCCACUGCUGGUGUGCCUGGAUGGUGUCUGCCCCCUACCUGUCCCUCCUCGUGCUGCUCAAUCUCAUCACCCUCACCCUCUCCUACUUCUUCAACUUCGGCGUCAUAUUCGCCAGCAGAAAGCACUGCAGCAAGAGGGCUCAAGCGGCACCAAGCCAGACGGGCGGUGUUGGUGUUGGUAUGGGCCAGUGGCUGGGCAGGUGGCGGUGGGUGGUCGCACUGGGGCAGCUCAUCCAGGUGGGUAGGUGGGGUGGGUGAGGAGGCAGGCAGGCAGGCAGGUCAGCGUCUCUGUUAGUUAGAUGGUCGUUGGAUUUGUGGUGUCUGUCUGUCUGUCUGUCUGUCGGUUCCUUCCUUCCUUGCUUGCUGUAGGCGUUGGUGUGUCUGGGUGUGUGCCUUCGCGAGUGGGGUGCGGCAGCGGGCAACAGCGACGGGCUCGCCUUGAACGCAUUCGAGUAACCAACAAACACAAGCCUCUGCGACUUGACUGACUGAAUGAUUGAUUCAUCGGGUGCCUGUCUGUAUGGCUGUGUGUCUGUCUGUCUGCCUGUCUGUGGGUCUGUUUGGAUGUGCGUGUUGAUUGGUGCGCUACGCCCAGGGGCGUGUUGCUGUAUGCCUUCGCGUCGUGCACUCUGAGCGUGGCCAUCAUCGACGAGCACACACAGGUCAGUCGGGUUGCUCAAACAGACUACCACGUCCCUCCCGUCCACAGACAGACAUGUGGUUGAUGCGUUUUGAUGUCUUGUGUUGUGUUGCUGACAGGGCUACCGUGGAGGCAUGUGUGUGUUCCUCUUCGUGGCACACGUGCUGGCCGUGGUCGGGCUGUACAGCCUCGCCACACACACCAAGCGAGCCGCGCUGUUCGCGGACGUGAGCUGCCGCACGCACCGACUAUCAUCCGCCACCUGUGUGAUUGUUCGUUCCUGGUGUCUGUCCAUCGGUCAGCUGGUGCUGUGGUGGUUCGUGUCUGAGCUGGGCAUCACCGCAGGAGCACACAGGCGAGCACCACACACACACACACACACACAUAUACACAUACACACACACAUACAGACACACACAACACACACGUGUGUUGCGAGAGACAGGUGAUGUGGGUGUGUGGGUAUGUGCAGGUUGUGGGCUCAUCGCAGCUACGAGGCGUCAUGGGAGGCCCGGCUGGUGCUGCUUGUGUGGAACUGCAUCGCCAACCAGGGCAGCAUCUACCACUGGGUGGGCGGGCGAUGGAUGGGAUGCAGUACACGCCCACAGCACAAUCAUGCCCUAUCUAUCGGUUGGUUGGUCGUCAGGCCCGAGAUCACCGUGUGCAUCAUCGGUACUCGGAGACCGACAAGGACCCCCACAACGCCAAGAGAGGAUUCUGGUCAGCCAGCCAAGCCAUACACACAAGCCGUGCCGGGGCGUAUGUGUGUAAUUGUGUCUAUAUGUGUGUGUUUCUGGGCGGUCGGUAUGUAUGGUGUCUGUCUGUCUGUCUUACAGGUAUGCCCACAUGGGUUGGCUGUUGCUCGAGAAGCCGGCGGCCGUCAAGGAGGCCGGCCGUCAGGUGGACUGCAGCGACCUCUUGGCCGAUCCCUUGGUGCGCUUCCAGAAGAGCUACGCAUGGAUCAACCAACUCAUGUGCUUCGGUGUGUACGCCACGCCAGACACAACGGCACGGCACAGCGAGACAGGGAUGCAUGUGAUGUGAUGUGCAGAGGUAUGUCUGUAUGUCUCUGUGUGUGUGUGUGUGCAUGGUAAGGUCUGCCGGUGCUGUGGGCCUACUGGCGGUAUGGCAAUGGGUGGACUGGCUUCGUGGUGCUCGGCGCGCUGAGGUGGAUCCUCGUCCUGCACUGCACUUGGUCGGUAACGACCCGCACGCACAAACCUCCACACCCACCCCUUCACACGUCUGUCUGUCUGUUCGCGAUGAGCAGGUUGGUCAACUCCGCCGCCCAUCUGUGGGGCUCUCACCCGUACAGCGCUUCCAUCAAUCCGGCCGAGAACACCGCAGUGGCGGUGCUGUCGUCGGGCGAGGGCUGGCACAACUGGCACCACACAUACCCGUUCGACUAUGCUUGCAGGUGCGCACCGGGAUGGAUGGAUGGAUGUGCAGGGAGAGAAGUGUGUGUGUGUGUUUGUGUUUGUGUGUGGAUGGAUGGAUGGAUGGAUGGCUGGUUGUCAGUGAGUACGGUGUGGGCCGUCAGUGGAACCCCACAAAGCUUGUCAUCGACACCAUGGCGGUGCUCGGAUGGGUACCCUACCCUACACACACACAGACGUCCACAGACGUACACUGCUAUGUAUCUGUGUGUGUGCUAUGGUAUGUGUGGUGCAGGUGAAGGGCCGCCGGCGUGCCACGAAGUUUUGGCACCAGGCGCAGGUAGCAAAGGCCAGGCGGCGGUAGCAGGCAGACAGACAGACAGGCAGCCAGGCAGCCAGGCAGGCAGGUUGCCACGUCCCAAUGAACGAACGAACGUAUGCAUCUGUAGCUAUCUAUGUGUCUUUUGUCUCUUUUUAUGUAUUGUAUACGAACGUGUAAGUCGUCGUCAGUGAGUGAGGAGGGAGUGAGGAGAGCGGGCCUGCCUGUUUAGGGCGUUUUGCGAUUUUGACGGUCUUGUCUGUCUUUUGUCGG